AUCGCAUCUGUGUGUGCUCCCAAAGCCGCCGCAUACAAAUACCCACCACAAAGGAAAGGAAACAUUCAAAGACCAAACCCUAAAACCUCGCGCCUCCGCCGUCUGUCUCGUCGCCCCCAGCUGCCUUCCAUGGCGGCCGUACAACGCCUACUCCGCGCCGCGUCGUCCGGUGGUUCGGCGGCGGCGGCGAGGAGGCGCAUGACGUCGCUGGCGCCCGAGCAGACGCCGUCCUCGGCUGCUGCGGCGGCGGCUUUCCCGUUCGCGGGGGCGGAGAGGAAGCGGCGGCCGGCAGAGGAGAGGAACGUGCAGUGGGUGUUCCUGGGGUGCCCCGGCGUGGGCAAGGGGACCUACGCGAGCCGCCUGUCCCGCCUCCUCGGCGUGCCCCACAUCGCCACCGGCGACCUCGUCCGCGUCGAGCUCGCCUCCACCGGGCCGCUUGCUGAGCAGCUUGCUGAAAUUGUUAAUCAGGGAAAGCUGGUUUCUGAUGAACUUAUCAUCAAUCUUUUGUGUAAACGGCUUAAGAAAGGAGAAGAGAGGGGUGAAUCAGGAUUUAUUCUUGAUGGUUUUCCACGUACUGUAAAGCAAGCGGAAAUCCUUGACGGAGUUACAGACAUUGAUAUGGUGGUUAAUCUAAAGCUGAGAGAAGAUGUCAUAGUACAAAAGUGCCUUGGUAGACGUAUCUGUAGCCAAUGUAAUAAGAACUUCAAUUUGGCCUGCAUUGAUGUGAAGGGCGAAAAUGGGCUACCACCAAUCUACAUGUCACCAUUGCUACCUCCUAACAACUGCAUGUCGAAGCUUAUUACUCGAGCUGAUGACACUGAAGAGGUUGUGAGAAAUCGGCUACGGAUAUACAAUGACAUGAGUCAACCUGUUGAGGAGUUCUACCAGAAACAGGGAAAGGUUUUGGAGUUUGAUUUGCCUGGAGGAAUACCUGAAUCUUGGCCGAAGCUCCUCCAUGUUCUAAAUCUUGAGGACCAAGAAGAGAUGAAGUUGGCCACAGCUUAAGCCGUCAGACCUUACAUAGUCUUAAAGCAUACCCUACAUUUUUUCAAUAAUGGAAAAGGAGAAAACUUAUUCCAUAAAUAUGUGUGCGAAAGUAAGUUUUGACCGAUAGUGAGCUAUUUAUUGCGCCGGUGUUUUGACGAGCUGGUGCUCUGUAACGAUCUUAUUGAAAUUUUUUAUGUUCAUCAGCAUUUCUGUACCCCUUUGUAGGGCAUCAGGACACUAUGUAGCGUUUAUUCAAGUCGAGUACUGCUUGACUACUGCUAGAUAAUUCGUUUGUACUUUUUUAACAGCAUUUUUUUGCCACAUGAGCGAUGGUGCUACGGAAGCAUCAUGCAUUAGAUCC